AUGGCGGAAGGAAUGUUUUACAAUGUCACCGGUGGCUAUGUCGAAGGCAUUGUCAGAGGCUAUCGCAAUCAGCUCCUCACCAGCCAGAACUAUGGCAAUUUGACCCAGUGCGAGACUAUCGAUGAUGUCAAACUCCAGCUCGGUCCCGCCUACGGCGAUUUCCUCGCCAGUCUCGCCCCCAAUCCUUCCACCUCCGCCCUCGCCGACAAAACCAUGGACAAGCUGGUAGCGGAAUUCCGCUACCUCCAAGCCAACGCGGUGGGAAGUCUGGCGAAGUUCAUGGACUACCUGACCUACGCCUACAUGAUUGACAACGUCGCGCUCCUCAUCACCGGCACACUACACGAAAGAGACACAAGGGAGCUGCUGGAGCGAUGCCAUCCCCUAGGCUGGUUCGAGACGAUGCCCGUGCUAUGCGUGGCGACCAACAUCGAAGAACUCUACAACUCCGUCCUCAUCGAAACCCCACUCGCCCCCUACUUCAAAGGCAGCAUCUCCCACCAUGACCUCGACGAGCUCAACAUCGAAAUCAUCCGCAACACCCUCUACAAAAACUACCUCGAAGACUUUUACAAAUUCGUGAAUGAAGAGCCAGGCAUCGCGGGCACUCCCACCGCCACGGUCAUGCGGGAGGUCCUCGAGUUUGAGGCGGAUCGGAGAAGCAUCAACAUCACCCUCAACUCGUUUGGCACGGAUCUCAGCAAGGCGGAUCGGAAGAAGUUGUACCCCAACUUCGGCAGAUUGCAUCCCGAAGGCACUCUCAUGCUUUCCCGCGCAGACGAUCCGGAAGGCGUGCGAAUAGCAGUGGACGGUGUGCAUGACUAUCGCACAAUGAUGGAUCAGACGGGUAUGGGCGGUGGAGGAGGAGGCGGAGUGGGCAAUCAGUCUGGCGGGAUCGGUGAUGAGGGAAAGAGCUUGGAGGACUUGUUCUAUCAAAAAGAGAUGGAGAUUUCGAAGUUGGCCUUUACAUAUCAGUUCACCCAUGCGGUGGUGUAUGCGUGGGUGAAAUUGAAGGAGCAGGAGAUCCGCAACAUCACAUGGAUUGCCGAGUGCAUUGCUCAGCAACAAAAGGAUAGAAUUGGUAAUUACAUUAGUGUGUUUUGA